GUGCGGAAUAAGACAUUUGGAAAAACUCUCGUGUGCUUAAAAUAAACAUUACACAUAAGUUACGAAAAUAGAAUAAAUUUUCAAAUUAAUAUGGAAUCUGAUAGUUCAUCACGACUCAAUAGAGACACGAAUAGCACACCUGGUGCCGUCCUCUACAAUUCAGUAAUUAUCAUCGUUGACCUCGCAUUUCUGCUUUUCAAAUUUUGGUUCCGCGUUUUUGUUGAACUGUAUUAUGGACUUUUUGGCGCAGAAGAGCGCAACGUCGCUAAUGAUGUUAUUCUAAUAACAGGAACAGGCCAUGGAAUUGGCAAGGAAUUAGCAUUGCAAUAUUCAGCUCUUGGAGCUACUAUUGUCGGAUGGGAUAUUAAUGAAGCGAUGAAUGCUGAUACUAUUAAGCAAAUAAAAUCAAAAGGCGGUAAAGCUUUUGGAUAUACAGUUGAUGUUACGAAUCGCGAGAAAGUUCUCGAAACAGCCAGUAAAGUUCUAACUGAAGUCGGUGACGUGACAAUUUUAAUCAACAAUGCAGGAAUUAUGCCACAACAUGAGAUGCUCAAGCAUUCAGAAAAGGAAAUCCGAAUGGUCUUCGAGAUCAAUACAGUCGCACACUGUUGGAUGUUUCAAGCUUUUUUGCCACGCAUGAUUGAGAAAAAUCGUGGUCAUAUCGUUGCUUUAUCGAGUAUCGCUGGAAUUGUUGGAUUUAAAAAUUUAGUGCCAUAUUGUGGGUCAAAGUUUGCGGUACGAGGAAUGAUGGAAGCUUUGUGUGAAGAAUUAAGAUUGUAUUCGGAUGGAAAUUCUAAAAUUAAAUUCACAACAGUCUACCCAUACAUGGUCGAUACUGGACUUUGUAAACGCGUUAAAAUCCGUUUUGAAAAUUUUUUAAAGCUUUUGAAGCCUUCAGAGGUUGCUGCUGCAAUUGUUUCAGCUCAAAGACGUGGAAUUGUUGAGCUUACUGUACCUAGAUACAUGUUCUUCUUAAACUCAUUUCUCAGGAACUUUCCAACUACUGCUAGUGCAUAUGUUCGAGAUUUCUUCGACAGCGGAAUUGAAUCGGAUAUGUAAAUUUAUUUGUUGUCAUGCUCCAUAUAAGUACUGAAAGAUCUUUAAUUAUUAAUGGUGAUAUUUAAAAAAAAUUAAAUAUCAAUGCAAACAAUUAGAGAAUUUAGAAAAAUUAAUCAUCACAUCUACAAAAUAAAGUUAAGGAGAAUUUAU